AUGGAUGGUUUUUACUCCUCCCCAGAAGAUGGGCAGGAUGUGAUCAAUGACACCAACAAUAGGAAGAGCUCGGCAGAAGAAGAUGGCUCCGAGUUGUCCUUCCGUGUGGUGACAGCUGCCUUUCUUUUCCUUCUCAUCCUCUCCACACUCCUGGGCAACACUCUGGUGUGCAUGGCUGUGGUCAAGUUCCGACACUUGCGCUCUAAGGUCACCAAUUUCUUUGUUAUCUCCUUGGCAGUGUCCGACCUCUUGGUGGCUGUCCUGCUGAUGCCUUGGAAGGCUGCCAUGGAGAUGGUGGGCUACUGGUCCUUUGGGACUUUCUGUGAUGUUUGGGUGGCUUUUGAUAUCAUGUGCUCCACAGCUUCUAUCCUCAAUUUGUGCAUCAUCAGCGUGGACCGUUACUGGGCUAUUUCCAACCCCUUCUGCUAUGAGAGGAAGAUGACCCAGCACGUGGCUUUCAUCAUGAUCAGAGUGGCUUGGCUACUGUCCCUCUUGAUUUCCUUCAUCCCUGUGCAGCUGAAGUGGCACAAGGAUCAUGAACAGGAGCCAGGUUUGAACGUCACCGGGGAGGAGGAGAACUGCGAUUCCAGCCUCAACAGGACUUACACCAUCUCAUCGUCUCUCAUUAGCUUCUACAUCCCUGUUGCCAUCAUGAUUGUGACCUACACCCGCAUCUUCCGCAUCGCCCAGCGGCAGAUCCGCAGGAUCUCCUCCCUGGAGAGGGCGGUGGAACAUGCCCAAAACUGCCACAGCAGCGACUGUCCUCUUGAGGCCUCCCUGAAGAACUCCUUCAAGAAGGAGACCAAGGUCCUCAAGACCCUCUCCAUCAUCAUGGGUGUCUUUGUCUUCUGCUGGCUGCCCUUCUUUGUGCUCAACUGCCUGGUGCCCUUUUGUGAUCUCGACGUACAGGAGCCAGAGGAGCUUCCUUGUGUCAGCAAGCUGUCUUCAGUCUUCAACAACUUUGUCUGGUUCAGGUGGGCCAACUCUUCCCUCAAUCCUAUCAUCUACACCUUCAACGCAGACUUCCAAAGAGCUUUUACAACCAUCUUGGGCUGCGGCUGCCGUUGCCCCAGCAAUGUGGUGAAGACCGUGAACCUCAGCAAUGAGCUGGUCUCCUACCACCACGACACCACGUUCCAGAAGGAAGUGGUGACCCUCAGCUACCCCCAGCUUCUUCCCCGUGCUGCUCUGCAGAUGGAAAACAAUGAGGUGUCCUCUGACAAGGUUUCUGAAGUCUCCGAGCCCUCUCGCAACACCUGCCCUGCGGAUGGCUUGCCUGCGGUGGUGCACGUGGAGCAUGAAAUGGCUGUCUCGCUGGAGAAGAUCACACCUUUCCCCAGCAAUAAAUCUGAUUGA